CUUUGGCAGGUAAACCGCAAAUUUUCACAACCAUGUCAGCGGACGAAGACACUGAGCUGAGGGAUUUGGUGGCCCAAACGCUGGAAAGUAGUGGAGUUCUCGGCAAGAUAAGGGCUGAACUGCGAGCUAGUGUCUUCCUGGCUCUCGAAGAGCAAGAUGCCGUGCAGAACAAAACUCCUUUCAUCAAUCAAGAGCUUAAGAAAUUCCUCACAACCAAGGAAGGUGUUAUUGUGGCCUCCCUGGUCCAGGAAUUUCUAGAGCUGUUCCAUUUGGACUUCACACUCGCCGUCUUCAACCCAGAAACCAACUUUGGGGAGAAAUAUGAAGGAAGGGACAAUCUUGCCAAGGACCUGGGCAUUAUGGAGUCAGAGAAAACGAGAGGCAAGCCACUCCUGUGCGAGUUGCUGCGACGAGCCAACGAACAGUCUAGCAAGUCCAGUCUUCAGCGAUCCCACUCAAAUGCUGAGGAAAUUGUCAUACCGAAGGAUUUGACUGCAGUUCAGAUAGCUGACGCUAAACAGAAAUUUGAUUUUUACGACAAAGACAAGAGUGGCUCCAUUGACAAGGACGAGCUUAGAAACCUGUUCAUGGACAUGUUCCCCCAUUUUCACAGGAACAUGUUGGAGAGAUACGUCAAUGAUGAAUUUCGAGCAGGUGAUAAAGAUUUCAGUAGUGGCAUCGACUUUGAUGAGUUCCUGGGCAUGUAUCGUCGCUUGUUUGUGGUUUGCCGUUCGGUCGUCUCCAGUGACAUCGCAGACAUCAACCCCCAUUCUCAGAGAAGACUGAGCGACUCAAUGAAACAGAGUGCAAACUUGAAACUGAUAACAGCACGGCAAAGUAACAGCUCCGAUGGAACAGACAGCUCAACCCCACAGGGCCUCCCAGCCUCCAAGGAGAAAACAGACACCAACAAACAAAUGAAAGGUCGUCAGAGGUCACUGUCAGGAGGCAGUGAUGUCAGUGAAGACUCUUUCUUUGAUGACAUACCGGCACCCAGUAGGAAGCCCCUGACCUUCAGCAGCUUGAAGACAAAGAAGGAGAGUCCACCUCAGUCCCCUCCAAAAACACCACCCCCGAAAUCCAGCAGCAGUGGUAUGGCCUCUCUGCUCAAUGCCCCACCACUCGCAGGAAAGAGUGGGAUGGGGUCAUUAACUGGGGCCCCACCAUUACCGGAAACGGGUGGUCCAAGAGAUGGUGCUAGCUCAGAUUGGAAGGACCUGAAAGCGUUGGACAACAAGUUGGACAAACUGAGUUUUGACUUGUCCAAGAGUGAAGCAAGCGAGGACUAUGAGGAUGACUUCCAGAGCUCCCAAGACAGCCAGAGCCAGGCCCACACUGCCGGCAACAAGAGCCAGAAGAGCCACGAAGGAAACAGCCUCAGCGAAGAGAUCAGCGAGGAGAUCCAGGAGGAUUUUGACAUUUCGGGGGAUGAUGACUUCUUCGGGAGUAGUCAGGAAAAGGUGGAUGAGUUGACCACAGACCGGUCAGUGUCCCAACUCAGCGGCCGUUUCGACUACAUCGAAGACGCGCAGUUGGAAUUCUGAGAAACAAAACAGUGAGGUCGGGCAUCUCAAAUGACACCCCCCACACCUUGGUGUCACCUCACCACCCGCCCUAGACUCCGGCAAACAUAAGCAGAACAAAUUUGGUUGCUUCGUUUUUAUUCAUAUUUUCAUUGAUUUUUAUUUGUCUGGUUUAAAACUGGUCCCUGGAUGUCAGUUUGUUUUGUGGAACACAGUUUAGUAUUUUUGAAGGGGUUCACCAGACACUAAAGUUGGACUGAGAGUCAUUGAACGCGCCUUUGGUUUGGGGUGCACCGAGCAAGCUGUGUACAGUGUGGUUUGUUUGUUAGGAUACAUUGGACAAACUACUACAUGCAUUUGAAAGGAUUGCUAGUUGUAAGACCAGUAUGGCCACAGCUACUCAUAUUGCAAGGGUAUAGUUUGAGUACCUUCCAAGAUUUGCCGUAAAGCAGAUGCAGAGCAUUUUGAACAAAACUGAUAAGGCAUCUGUGCAUAUUAAAUAGCAUAGUAUCAUGAGUAGAGUCUAUGGAAGUAAUCAUUUCUCGUAACGGCAUGAUUGAAAUUGUAACUUGAAAUUUUGACUUGAAAUCGAUUAUUAUUCACAAAAGUAUGACUGAAAUUACUGACUACCGAAUGGGACUCAAAACAUCCCAUCUGGGGUUAUUUGGGUCAUCUUUUGGGGAGAGGGUGUCUAAAAUGAAAUAAAUCGAAAAUGAGAUCAACUGUCUCCCCUCUUGACAGUAUACACAAAGGUUGCUGUUCCAUCCUAAGUUAGCCUUCCCCAGAUAUUCCAGAGUGUGUAAGCGCAUCAAACAGGGCAGUGGUAUCAACACUUUUCCUCCAAGAUUUUCAGCGAUACCCCCUGGAUUCCACAGAUUUGCUUUGGAUGCGGCCACAUCAGUAUUUUAACUUGGUGUUUUUGUAGAUGUUCUUGUAUAAUAUGUGUAUAGAGCUGGCGUUGGCGAUUUCAAGAUGUUUUUAAAAGACCCUCAACAAAUUGUACAUACAAAUAGGCUGUAAAUUGUUAAUAUCAGUUACAGUUUAAAAGAAAUCCUCUGCAGUGCUUUUAACGUGUUAGUGGAUAUUUUCGUGUUGAUGAAUUCCAUGUAAAUUUAUUUCAAAGUAAUGGAAUAGGAUUUGAGUCUAUUUUUACAGUGGGAAAUUACAUUGACAUGUAUCAUCACAGUGUAUUUCUUAUGUACUGCGUUGAUUGUUUUUUAUAAGUGGGGGAUUAAAUGCUAAUAAGCCACACACACUUCCA